CAGCGUGGGAGUGCAGAUUACUACUGGCUAAUACCCCACAGCGGCCAUCACUGGCGAAUACCAAAGUGGCUCCUAUGAAUUAGGCAUAAUGCCUGCUGGUUCGCGGUAUCAUACCUAGUGGUGGGGACAGCUUCUAUGCAUGUACACACAUACAUAAAAUGUUCUUCAGGCUGUUUAGUUUUCUUACUUUUAUUCUGUCUUCCACGUAAAUUUGUGGAGCGCAGCAAAUGGUAUGGCCGAGUUGCUUUUAGAUCCAAACAUUCGAGGAAAAAGGUUGAGCUUCAUCAAGUACAGGACAGUCAAGUGAUGAUACGCUCGAGAUUACUUAGGGAAAAUGGCCAAUAUAUUCCAAAAAUGGCAUUUAUUAGUAGAAGACAUUUCUUUAACAAUGAAGAAACAGGGUAUUUUAAAACUCAGAAACGUGCUCCUGUGUCUCAAAAUCCUAUGACAGAUCCUAAUAUGAUGACGGAUAUGUUAAAGGGAAAUGUUACCAACGUUUUACCAAUGGUACUGAUAGGAGGAUGGAUUAAUUGGAUGUUUUCUGGUUUUGUUACAACCAAAGUGCCAUUUCCCUUGACAUUGCGUUUUAAACCUAUGUUGCAACGUGGCAUAGAGUUAGUCACCCUUGAUGCUGCAUGGGUUUCAUCUGCAUCUUGGUAUUUCCUUAAUGUGUUUGGAUUGCGUUCCAUUUAUACGCUUGUUCUUGGAGAAAGCAAUGCUGCUGAUACUUCUAGACUUCUACAGGACCAGGUAUCUGGGGCAGCAAUGUCUAUGCCACCAGAUCCAAAAGCUGCAUUUAAAUCAGAGUGGGAAGCAUUGGAGAUAUAUGAACAUAAUUGGGCAUUGCAGGGAGUUGAAGCAGACCUUAUAGGAUCUCAAAGAACGGACACAAGUGAAAGUAAUAAAUAAUGGAAAGACAUUGCACCUGUAUCUACAGAUAUAGUACGUGCCAUUUUGGAAAGACCAUUGAAGAUUCAAAUAAAUUAAUAGUUUGUAUUAGUACAAUAAACAAUAGAUUAUUUAUGGUAUUCUUAACAA